CCACAUGCUCAAAGGUCUCCUGGAAUACAAAUGGGAUCGGUAGAUGGAAUUUUCAUGACCAUAGCUUCUGUCGCUGGCCUACAAAACAAAUCUUUUGAGGAAGUGCGAAUUGAUGAUUAUCUGAAAGCUUAUACAACAACUGGUCGACCGCCACCUCCAGUGCCGCAAACGCCAACGGGGGACAAUGAACGUAUAGCACUAGGCCUACCCAUCCUUUUCAAGCCAGUUCCAACGUCUGCAGAGCCCGUUUUUGCUUCCCUAGUGACGCCGCCCAAGGCCAAAAUCGUGAACCCAGCCGAUCUACCUCUUGGGCAGGAGUUUAAGGAAUUGGUGGCGGAGGAACGGUACCAGACUAUAUCGUGCAUGGUGGAGUAUAUGGGGUUCGCACCUGAGGAACUGAGGUACCAUGCUUACCUUAGAGGCAACGUAAUGUCGCCAAUACCUAUCACCAUGCACCCAUUCGUUCAACCGCCAACGAGUAACGCCACUACUACGCCCUCUAAUCCAAAGCUCGGUGACGCGAGCGAUAGUGGGAAGGAAACCCUAGAAAACAUAUCGACACAGGCGGCGUACAUCGAGCACAGCCCCGAGGAACUACGCGUCGCCUUCCUCCUAUAUGGGCGCGAGCUCAACUCCGCUGAGAUCAAGCGAUCCCAAAACCCGACACCCGUUGCGCCCCCACCAGCACCACCACCAGCACCCUCCACGCCGGGCUUCGGAUUAGGCCUUGGAAGCACAUUUACCUCCAUGCCUACUGUGCCGAGUUUCAAGUUUUGAAGCCGCACCAUUCAAUGUUGCAACCCCUGAACACAUCUACGGGUUUGUACCCUUAAUGUAAAUAUUGUAAAUUU